UACAUGGCUAGGUGAGCCUCAAACAUGUCUAAAGGAAAUCCCAAUCCCAAGAGUGGUUGAUCAGAAUGUGACUGCAAAUCCAAAAUAUGGAUAUUUAAGUGAUGACAUGACGGGAAAUUGGAUUGGGAAUAUAUCAUGCACAUCAUCCUCUCUAAUUUUCAAUAUGGAUAUUGAAAGGGGUUCAAAGGUAUCAAACCCCAAAGGAACAUUCACAAUAAGAUACAAGAAUAUGAGUGAAUCAGGAGAACACAAAGUGUCCGGCACAUUUUCACAAGAUGGCAGGUCGUUUACAUUGUUUACAACAUCA